UCUGUUUUCUCCAGCGGAGGGCACUCAGUGUAUCACAAACUCAAGCAUUAGCACCAACAAGCUCUGAGCAUCAUCAGUCUCUGGAAAGCCUUCUGAAUUAGACAAGGGCUGCCUCUCAGCACAGCUACAAAACACUUUAAACCUGACCAGCUAACUAAAUGGAUAAACCUAGCCUGCAUAGCUUUUAAACUGGGGUCUCAUACAACACAGGAGGCCUACUUGCUUCAAGAACUGAAAUCCAGAGGAUGAAUUGCUUUAUCUGGGAAUGGCAAAAGCCAGCACAAUAAGGAAUGCCAGUUUGUAUGGGGCUACUAGCUCACAUACGAGAUCAGAAUGGUGUGAAUGACAGCCGCACUGUGUCAUGAAGGUGGUGGUGGUUUCAGCGCGAGAGACCAAAUAAGAAGAAAGCUGAGAGGGGGGAACCGUUUUUGGAUGACAAAGGAUGGGUUUCCGUUUAAUUACGCAGCUGAGAGGCAUGCGCGUGGUGCUAGUGCUACUUUCUACACUGCUGCUUGUUAUGCUAUCAGGGGCUCAGAGAGCUUGCCCAAAGAACUGCAGAUGUGAUGGCAAAAUUGUGUAUUGUGAGUCUCAUGCUUUCGCAGAUAUCCCAGAGAACAUUUCUGGAGGAUCACAAGGCUUAUCAUUACGAUUCAACAGCAUUCAGAAACUCAAAUCCAAUCAGUUUGCCGGCCUUAACCAGCUUAUAUGGCUUUAUCUUGACCAUAAUUACAUUAGCUCAGUGGAUGAAGAUGCAUUUCAAGGCAUUCGUAGACUGAAAGAAUUAAUUCUAAGCUCCAACAAAAUUACCUAUCUGCACAAUAAAACCUUUCAUCCAGUGCCCAAUCUCCGCAAUCUGGACCUCUCCUACAAUAAGCUUCAGACAUUGCAAUCAGAGCAAUUUAAAGGUCUUCGGAAACUCAUCAUUUUGCACUUGAGAUCCAACUCAUUAAAGACUGUGCCAAUAAGAGUUUUUCAAGACUGUCGAAAUCUUGACUUCCUGGAUUUGGGUUACAAUCGUCUUCGUAGCCUGUCCCGAAAUGCUUUUGCUGGCCUCUUGAAGUUAAAGGAACUCCACUUGGAGCACAAUCAGUUUUCCAAGAUCAAUUUUGCGCAUUUUCCACGUCUCUUCAACCUCCGCUCAAUUUACUUGCAAUGGAACAGGAUUCGCUCCAUUAGCCAAGGCUUGACAUGGACUUGGAGUUCCUUGCACAACUUGGAUUUAUCAGGGAAUGACAUCCAAGGAAUCGAGCCGGGCACAUUUAAAUGUCUGCCCAAUUUGCAAAAGUUGAAUUUGGAUUCCAACAAGCUUACCAACAUCUCACAGGAAACUGUCAAUGCAUGGAUAUCAUUAAUAUCCAUUACUUUGUCUGGAAAUAUGUGGGAAUGCAGUCGGAGUAUUUGUCCUCUGUUUUAUUGGCUUAAGAAUUUCAAGGGAAAUAAGGAAAGCACCAUGAUAUGUGCAGGACCUAAGCAUAUCCAGGGUGAAAAGGUUAGUGAUGCAGUGGAGACAUAUAAUAUCUGCUCUGAAGUUCAGGUGGUCAACACAGAAAAAUCCUACCUGGUGCCCCAAACUCCCCAGAAGCCUCUGAUUAUUCCUAAACCUACAGUCUCUAAAUCUGACCCCACCCAGCCCACCCUUGAAACACCAAGCCCCUCCCUAGGGUUUCAGAUUCCUGGCACAGAACAAGAGUAUGAGCAUGUUUCGUUUCAUAAAAUUAUUGCAGGGAGCGUGGCUCUCUUCCUCUCAGUGGCCAUGAUCCUCUUGGUUAUCUAUGUGUCUUGGAAACGCUACCCAGCCAGCAUGAAGCAACUUCAACAGCACUCUAUUAUGAAGAGACGGCGGAAAAAGACCAGAGAGUCUGAAAGACAAAUGAAUUCCCCUUUACAGGAGUAUUAUGUGGACUACAAGCCUACAAACUCUGAGACCAUGGAUAUAUCCGUUAAUGGAUCUGGGCCCUGCACAUAUACCAUCUCUGGCUCCAGGGAAUGCGAGAUCCCACACCACGUGAAACCCUUGCCAUACUACAACUACGACCAGCCGGUGAUCGGGUACUGCCAGGCUCACCAGCCGCUCCAUGUCAACAAGGGCUACGAAGCAGUGUCCCUGGAACAGGAUGAAACCCCCGGCCUGGAGCUCGGGCGUGACCACAGCUUCAUCGCCACCAUCGCCAGGUCGGCAGCACCUGCCAUUUACCUUGAGAGAUUAACAAACUAAUGCAAAACUCCUAACUGGGGGACUCGAAGUGUGGGGAGGGAGGGCCUUCAUCUUAAAGAAGAAGGGGUGUCAAAAUUGCGCAAGCAAGCCGGCUCAUCGUUCCUGUUAAAGUGUUUAUCACAAAUUGGAAAGGAAAAGCAAAACUGCUUCAAGAGAGCAGAUGCACCGGCAGCAUAACCAGGAGAAACUACAGAACGUUCUUUGCUUUAAAACAAACGACAAACAAAUAUGCUCCUGGGUGUAAAUAGUAAAAGUGUCGAGUUCUUAUAAAAAUAGAUUUCACCCUAGCUACAUAUAGGUUUGUUUGUAUAUUUGCUUUUUCUACACUGCAUGGUUCCUGGGCUGGAGAACCACAGGGCGGGACAAACCUGGGGUGGGUGGGGAGUUGGGGAGAUAAUCCAGUUUUCCUUGUUAGGUGUGUGUAACUCUCAGACUUUAUUUCAAUUGCUUUGUUUCACUUUUUCUUUAAAAAUGUUGUUUGUUCUUGUCUGGUUUGUUUCAUUUUUAUUGUUUACUUGGUCAAGUGAUUCUGUUUCUGAUGUUAAACAUGGGCAUUCAAGCUUAUGUUGUACCAAAAGAAAAUUUGCGUUACCGCAGACUGCAAAGAAACACAAUUGAUCACAAAGCCUGACAGAACUACUACAAUGAAAAUCCAAUAGAUUGUGGGUGAAUGGCUCCUCCAGACGCACGGUGUACACUGUGGGAGGAGAUCUGCUUUUUCCGGUUGGCCGUCCUCACUGUGUGUUUUCACGGGUGUAAGAAGUCGGAAGGAGGGACCCCUGAAGACCUGCAGGGAAAAUAACCCCCAGAAACAUCCUCCAGUGGACUGGGAGAAUCUGCAGAACAAUGGCCAUGUGGUCAAUGAAUGAAACUGUCAAGGUGACAAAUUUCUAAACACAAGAUAAUGUGUAACAUUGCUUUUUAAAUUAUCAAUUA